AUGAUGGACGCUUUGCGAGGUGCAAAUAGCGAAAUUCCUCUCAGCGACAGUGAUAUUUCAUGGAUUGCUUCUUCAAUAAACGCAACAUGCAUAUGUGGAUUUGCCUUAGCCGGGCUUAUCACGGAAAAAUUCGGACGAAAACGCGCUAUAACUUUCCUAAGCCUCCCGGUGCUGUUGACGUGGAUAAUGGUCUAUUUCGCUACGGACCUAGCAACUUUAAUUGCUUCUAGAGUUAUAGUCGGCGUCAGUUAUGGGGGAGUAAUUGUAUUAACUAACGUUGCAAUGGCUGAAUAUACAACACCCAGCAAGAGGGCGAUAUGUAUCAAUAUUAUUUCGGCCGUAGGUCCAUCAAUAGGCACGACAUUAGGACACGUAAUGAGUGUUUUACUGCACUGGAGGACAGUUGCACUGAUAGGAAUAAUUCCUACUGGAUUAUCAGUUCUACUGCCGUGUUUUUGGGUCGAAAGUCCGUCGUGGUUGGCGUCGAAAGGCAGAUUCGAUGAAUGCCAGGUAGCGUUCAGAAAAUUGCACGGUCGCGGUGAUGAAUCUGAAUUAGAGUUAGCCUUACUUGUUAAUUUGGAGAAAACAAAACAGAAAACCAAACCAAAUAAAUCAUAUGUGACAAUUGAAAUAAUAACGACAGCAUUAAAACAAUGGUAUCUUUGGAAGAUAAUUGCAUUGUGUAUAGUUAUUUGCAUAUAUCGGGUGGCGGCUGGAAGAAUUUUGUACAGUACAAUGGCAAUAACGAUGUUACAAGAAAUAACAGGGAGUUCAAAAAUUUUGUUUUUUACGUUGUUGAUAGAUGGAUUUAUUAUUAUAGGAUCAAUAUUACCCAGUUUGCUCUUAAAGAAAAUGAAACUAAGAACUCUUUUGUUUUCAUUUGGAUUAAUAUCAAAUUUUGCCCUUAUUAUAUUGAGCAUUUGCCUUUAUUUUAUCCCAAAAAGCAAUGUUUAUUUUGCAUGGGUUUGCUCUUCAGUUUUAGCUCUUUAUUUUGUCAUUAUUUACGCCGGUCCUUGUGCAGUGUUAGAAAUAUUAUUAGCUGAAAUUUUUCCACUAGAGCUGAAGCCUUAUUGUAUUUUUACUAUAGGAUCUUUUGCUGGUUUUGCUACAUUUUUAAGUGUAAAAUUAGCUCCAAGUAUGUUUGCUUUAAUGGGCUACCAUGGAGUAUUUCUAUUAAAUUCUGUAAUAGUGUUUUUAUGCUUAGUAUAUCUUUGGGUUUACAUGCCAGAAACAAAAGGAAGGACAAUGCAAGAAAUUGAACUAUAUUUCGUGCACGGGAAGUAUAUCGAUAACAUGAAUUCCUCCAAUAUUGAACAGUCAGACAAGUUAGUUAGGUUGUAUGACCAUUAA